AUGAGGCUAAUGUCGGGCGAACUGGACUCUUGCUCGCUGCGCCGAAUGCAUCGGGUGAUGAAAUGUCUGGGAAUCAUACCCUUUGGACAGCACUUCUAUCUGAAGGUUCUGUGCAACUUGUUUAUGGUAUUCGUGAUCGGCACUGCCAGCUCCUGGCGCUUCAGCUUCAACUAUGAGUUCACCUACGACUUCCUCAACGAUCACAUGUCCCGCAUCCUCGAUCUGACCAACUUCCUGGUAUUGAUGUCCGCCCAUUUCACCAUCGUAAUGGAGAUACUGUGGGGCAACCGUAGUGCCGAAAUCGAGCAGCAAAUGGAGCAGAUCCUCCACGACCUGCGUGUCCAUCUGGGCAGAGAGGUGAGCCUGAAGCGGUUUCGCCACUACUCGAAUGCCAUCUAUGGCUCCCUGAUCAGCCGAUUCCUGCUGCUCUUCGGUGUGGCUGUGUACAACAACGAAGGUCUGGUCUUCUCUGCAAUGUUCUCAGAGGCGGUGAUGCAGCUGCGCUUCACUGAGUUCAGCCUCUACUGCGGCGUGGCGCUGGCCUUCCACCAGGAGCUCUGCUCGGCUGGCUCCAGCCUCCUAGUGGAGCUGCACCUGACCCGCUUCGACCUGUGGCCCCUGCGCCGCUUCACAUUGGAGAAGCUUUCGCGCCUGCAGCAAAUCCACGGCCGCCUCUGGCAAACGAUCCGCCUUAUUGAGCGCAACUUUCAGCGGAGUCUGUCCAUUAUGUUGCUCAAGUUCUUCGUGGAUACUGCCGCCCUGCCCUACUGGCUCUACCUGAGCAAAAUCCAGCACACAAGCGUCUCCGUCCAAUACUACUGUGCCACCGAGGAGUUCUGCAAGCUGAUGGAAAUCAUUGUGCCCUGCUGGCUCUGCUCCCGUUGUGACCUGAUGCAGCGGAAGUUUCGCUCGAUAUUCUACAGACUGGCCACGGGGCGCCGCAAUGGACAGUUGAAUGCCGCACUGAUCCGCAUUUGCAUCCAGCUGGGGCAGGAGAAAUACCAGUUCAGUGCCGGAGGAUUCGCUUACAUCAGCACAGAAAUGUUGGGGACGUUCCUUUUUGGCAUGAUCAGCUACAUUGUGAUUGGCAUUCAGUUUAACCUGAACUUUAAUGCCAGUAACUCCAGUAAACUUGCAGCAGAAGCUGCUGUAACGGAUGCCCCAAUUUGA